CACGCGCAGCGAUGGUGUCAAUGACGCUCAAGUCCGGGGAUUUCGCGCUGUUUAUCGUCUGCAGUUUUCUUUUCCUGGCGCAAGUCGUGAGCUCGGAACGUUCCUACCAGGAUCAGAGAUUUACGGCUCGAUACGACGCGUGCAACGACAGAGCACGUUUCGUACUGUCGCCCAUCGACGACGGAGACUGUCAAGUGCUCUGUGGGCCAUCUUCGGACAGUAAGCUUCUUCGCUUACCGGAUCAGACUCUCUGUAAAACCAACGUCGAGAACGAACAAGGCAUCUGUCAAAAUGGGCGUUGCAUAAGCCCUCCGGCAGUCGCAGAAAAAACAGUGACCACCCGAAGACCGACCGGGCUUCGGCGGUCGACGAUCAAGUUUGUUCCCUCCACCGUGCUCCCCGUCACAUCGGGAUUCACUAAUUCAUGGCAGAAGUGGAGGACCUACAGCCCUUCAACUCGAUCCCCGCUCUUCAAGCCGGACGCCGUCGUCAUGGAACCUGUCAAGAAACAGCCGUGAGGAUCACGGGAAUCACAUUGAGUGCCGAGGAUACCAGUUUCUGAGGGACGAGAAGUAUCCUCCCUUAGGGUAUCGAGAUGACAAUCGAUUAUCUUCUCAUCCUGGCGAAUCCGCUCGAUUUUUGUGUAAUAAAAUGAAACAUUCGACGAUUGCGAAA